AGGAAUGCUUCCUUUAAGUUUUUUCUGAACGUGCAUUAAGGGUGUGUGUGUGUGAGUGGUACCACUUUUCAUCAUCUGGUUGGGAUAAUGAUUUCAACCUGCAGGGGAUAUUUAAAAAAUCCACUAGAUGCUCGUUCCAAUAGUUAGUAGAUAAUUGAACUGAGGAGGGAAAUAGCAAUUUAUGGUAUUUGUCUCAAGGUUUUAGUUAUUAAAGGGGACUCUCCAUCUGUUGUCAUAGGGGAGAGACUUCUGUGUGCUUCUAAGUCACCCAACACACAUACCCCCGGCCUCCUUGGUUCAGGCAGGCUUCCCCAGGCCUGACAUUUGGGGAGGGACUGGCAUCUUGGGGCCAGCGAGAUAGUUUGCAGUUUCCCCAGGUGACUCCAAUACCCCUGCCCCUGCCCACGCCUUUAUCCUAAUUUCAUUAAAGUCCAGCAAUUAUUUGCCUUGCAGGAUCUGCCACUAAAUCUACAGUCUGUGAGGCAGUUGUGAGCAGUGUUUGUCAGGUUGAGCAGCUUUCUCCCAACAAGCUCUCAUUUUUGACGCAGGAGUAAAAACUGGAUUCCUGGUCUCAUUCUGUAAAGUUUCUGGAUAAAUGGCUAGACAGGAGAGUUUUGGUGUAUUUCAACAAAAUAAUUAUUACUGGUACUGGCAAAGUGUCCCCUCUGCUAUUAGAGUGAAGCCCCACCGGGGUUACCCUUUUGGCAAACGAUAUGCGCAACAGGGUGGCUGCUCUGCUCUUUCUGGCUAUGACAGUGGCUGUGCGGUGGAUGGAAACGGACACAACCUCCUCUCUGCACGUGAGACCUCUGGACACCCAGCUGAAGCUUCGCUGACACCUGAGGUGACCACAGUUCUGGCUGAAAACCAAGAUGAAAAUCCACUAGAAGACCCAAAUCUUCAUUUGAAUGUGGAAGAAUUAAAUACAAAGUUUAUGGUGAAAAGUGAAGAACUCUACGACUCUCUCCUGAAUGGCCACUGGCAGCCUUUGGGUACAGUUUACUCGAAAAUCCCAGAUGAGACCGCACAGAAGCAAGAUGCUCACUAAGUGCCCCGAGUAUAAUGUUAAUUGUAUCCUGUUUUGUUUCUGAUUUUGAAAAAAAAAGUUCUCCGAGGAAUUUGCUGGAUUCUGUAUGUAAACACAAAUUUCCAGGACUUAGAUGUAAUUGACAUGGUAGAAUGUAAUGUAAAUAAACUUCACAACCCUUUCUGAAAAUGUGUUACAUUAAGUAAGUGCCAGAAGAGGUCACAUUACUGUCAGGGAAGAAGCUGCAACAUUUAAAAAUAGGUUUAUUAUGACAGGGCUGACCUGAACGGACUGUGGGGUUAGCUGCUCUAAUAUGAUUGCUGCUUUCCUCUGAUGUUAAACCCUAAUGGAGAGCAAUCCUAGCCACAGAUAAUGCGAAGUUUCUCGCCUGCAUCUGGGAUAGAAAAAUAUACAUUAAAACUAGAUGUUUGAUCUCCAUUUUCUGACCUUCAGGCUUGCUCUUUGUGAGAGAGCUAGAUACAGAUAAUAGUGGAGACUCAUUUGUCUCAAUUGAACAGGAAGAUUCCCGAGCAUGGAGAAAGUUUGCUAGAUCAAAACAGCCUGUCAACCUUGUACGAGAGGAUUUGGGCCACCUUAAAGGCCAGCUCUGAAACUUUAAUGUGUAUGUUGAGUGCGGCCCUUGUAAAAUGUAUUUCUUCGUGUUUUAAAGAUAAACCCUGUGUCCUGCUUAUUGCUUUGCCGUGGAUGGAUACUUAAAUGAGAUCCUGGGACUGGUCUGUGACUUGAAGGUCUGA